AUGUCUUCCCAGCCCUUUCUUCCCUUAUCCUCGCCUCCGGCAUCGCCCCGGCUCCAACCACGCCGUCCGAGCUUAGAUCCUGAGCGUGAGAUAUUAUCGACCAGAGGUCAACAGCGCAUCUUGACGUUCUUGCCCAGCCGCACGUCUUCUACGGCAUUGCGCGACUUGAACGAUGAGAUAAGCUCGCCGCCAACUUUUUUCCGACGCGGAUCCCUGUUGAUUGGACACAGCAACCCCCGCUACGAAUGGCAACGUUACUAUCGACCACCGGAGUCGUUGAAAAAACUUCGAAGAUCUGUACGACAGUACUAUGAGCGCAACAACUCGUUAAUCUCCCAAUAUCUCUACAUUGAUCGCCUCCUGGACUCGUCGCUUCCCCACAAUCUCAUCGAGGACUAUAAUGAAUGCCGCCAUUUCGAUGCAUCCGGGAACCAUAUCCACCAAUCUCCUCCGGACAGCCCGCCGGAGUCGACCGAACAGCCUGAUUCCAAGGCCACCCGGAUCAAGCGCACCCCGCAUAAUCUCUAUCGGAUCCCCGAUGAAACAGCGCCCUUGCUUCAAUCUUCCAGCGAGCUGGAAGCCACUCAUCCCAUGCCCGAUUUCGAAUCGCAUGGCGGGAUGUCCCCCUGA